UUUUGUUUCGCUCAGCGAUGACGUGCGGGCGGGCUCCCACAGCCCGUCUCUGCUCGGCGCGACUGUGAUGUAGCAAAGCGACUCUGCACCCCGUCUGCACGCAGCCAUGCUUAAUAAAGUUCCCUCUUCCUGCUCAGCUGCAGACUGCUCUGGUCACCCAGGCAGCUAUUUUUAACCUCCGUGCAGUGCAGCUCCUCUGCGGGGCGGUUCGGCCAGUGGCUGGGGAACCAGACAAGGGGCACAGAGCGGGCAAGACCAGAUCUGGCCAGCCCCAGGACCUGAAGUCUUCUGAGAGAGGAGGAGGAAGGAAGCUGGAAAAGGAGAGAGAGUGGGGCAAGAGAGAGAGAGACAGAGAGAGAAGCUCUUCCUUUAACAGCGCCACUGAGCAGCAACGAUUCUCAUCAACAAAAAAAAAACAGCUACUUUUCGCCUCCAGUUUGCAAUACAGUUUUGUUUUUUUUCACUCAACAGCACGCAAACUGUAGCAGAGGAAUACGGCAUGGUAUCGUUUUCCGCUCACUUUCAGCACCAAGGUUUUCUCUGAUUUUCUCAGUCUCUAACAGAAAAACAGUGACCCACUUCACCAAGCAGCAGAUCACACAAGCACCGGGGAGUCGCAUCAGAGGCAGGAAGUGCUGCUGUCAUUGAUUUCCUCUCAUUUGUUUAGUUGCUAAAAUCAGAGGAAAUACAUCUUCUGUCAUCAUAAAGGCAAACUACAAAUGUGUGACUGUGUGAACAAACAAAUACACAAUUAUACAGUUAUCUAGCUGAUGUAGCUUUGUGUUUGCAGAGUGAGACAGCAGAGAGCUUUCAGUUAUCAGUGUGUUUGUGUGUGUCCUUUAAUAGGAUUAGGAUCUCUUUUCCAGUGAAAACAGGAAACUCAUCCUGUGUUACUGGUUAUAACCGCUGUUACCUCAUCACCUAGAAGAACUGCCAUAAUAUGAAAAUUAACCUCAACUAAUACUGGGCAGCAUAAAUUAGACUCACUUACUCAGUUGCAGCUGAUAUCCUUCAAUAGAUUAAAUGUCAUUUUUGCUCUUUGAGUCCUUUACAUUGUCAUGUAAGUUUUAAUCAAAAAUCCAUGUUGAAACAAAAAAGCUUUUCAUGAUUUAAAAUUUGUGUUGAGUCAUUCAGUAACUAUGAUCAUAAAGGAAUUUUCAUCUGAAAAUAACUCAAAUACUUGACCCUACCUUAGGGUAAAAUGUGUGUUUACGAAUAUGUCCAAUGCAUGAGUCAUCAAGAUUACUUCAUAAUACUUUCUGCCAAAUAAUUGUGCAGUUCUGUUCCCCCCAAAUGUGUAAUUGAGCUGAACUACUUAAGCCGUAAAACCACAGCUGUGCAGUGCAGAAAAUAUCCCACCUGAAAUAAACAGGAACCAGCAACUCAGUAAUCAGGAACAAGGUUCUGGGUGACAGCAGAAUUUAACAAUAUCACAUUGACUACAAACAAUCUUAAAUGGUGCCAACAAACUUUGCAAUCAUCAUUUGUCAUGUUUUUUAUAUUUUUAUACUUUAUAUUUUUUGACAGCUUCAUUUAGAAGAGAAAAAUCAAAUGCUGCUCUGAAUUGUUUAGUUAAAUGUCAAUAUGACAAACUGAAGCCCUUAUUUAAUGUCAUCCCUCCCAGGGUUCAGGUAAAUAUGAUACAUGUGGCAUUGUAAUUGUGCAAACAGGUUAGGUUUUGCCCACAGAAGCAGAGCACAAAGGAGGGUGCCAGGUUUCAUUAAGUGCUACUGCCAUCUAGUGUACCAAAACAAGAAUGGGUGCUCCAAGAAGUUCUUCCAUCACACCAUGGGUUAUCAUGGCUGUUUGCAUGCUUUUGCAUAGUCCCCUGCAUACCUGAAAUAUUCAAAUAUUGAACAUAUCUGCAAAUAAUUAAUAACAGAAAAUGUAUGCUUUCAAUAUUGUUCAUAUGUUUGCCUGUUCUGGAAACAUAUGUGAAAUGUAUCACUUAUCUAAUUAAGGAGUUAAGACCAGGGAAAUUGCAAACAGGUAGGACUACAGUUUGCUGGUUUACCCCUGCAUCUGUUCAUUAUUGUUUGAUUAAGAUUUCAUUUAGGCUCUCCAGUUAUAUAUCUGUUUUCUAAUUAAAGGCAACUGUAAACUCUGCAGGAUGCUAAGCCACUAUUGUAGCGCUUGAUGAUUGUGCUUGCUUUAAGUGUACCGAUUGUGUAUAACUAAUCACUUCUUCUCUAGCUGUAGCAUCUUGGCCACAGUUACCUCCUCACUUUCUUUUGUUAACAGGGUUAACCAUCGCUCUGAUUUGAUACCUUUACUGUAUUUGGACGCAAAUAUUUUGAAUAAAACUAUAACAUAAAAAUUCUAUGGAUUACUAUUUUUCCUCAUUCUUACCAGUAUGUCUUGUGAAGUCAUAUUGUGCUUUCCUCAAUUUAUGCAAGAGUAUUAUCAUUUCUAUAUACCUGUUUUUUAUUCCUCCUAUCUGCAGAUGACAAUGGUGUCUCCAAGCACACGAGACCCAAUGGAUAGCAUGCACCCCCAGGUGGUCCUCGCUGGCCUAAAUGAGCAACGCACACAGGGCUUGUUCUGCGAUGUCACCAUCGUGGUGGAAGAUGUCAAAUUCCGAGCCCACAGAAAUGUGCUGGCUGCCUCCAGCGGAUACUUCCGUGACGCCUUUUCCACACCAGAUGGUUCGGUGUCGACUGGUCAGGUUCUGGAGCUCCUGGAUCUUCGGUCCGAGGUCUUUGCCAGCAUCCUCAACUUCAUCUACAGCUCCAAGAUGGCAUCUGUCACUGCAGAGGACACUAGGUCCCUAGUGGCAGCUGGGAAGAAGCUGGGCAUCCCCUUCCUGGAGAAGCUAGUGGGACCAGACAGGCUACAGAACCAGACUCAAGUGUCCCCUGGGCCUCGCCUGCUGAAAAAGGAGACCACCCGUUUGGAGGAACCAGAAGGUGACAGUGGCCCACGGAUUACCAACGCCUUCUCCAUCACAGAAGCGGGUGCCGACAAUGACCCAUUCACUCCAUUGGAUCUGCGAUGUGACGGGCAGCGGGCUGUAGACCAAGGGCACCUCCCAGCUGCAAGCAUCGCUGCUGCAGAGAGCGAGCCCACGCACACUCUAUCAGAACACUCCUAUGCUGUGAGCCAAACACGCAAGGACAAUGAACACAAUGAGAACAGCAUGGGAGAUAACAAGACUGACAACACACACACGCAUGUAGCUCCCACACCACAAGUUACAGAGAGCUGCGGCCCACUCAAAAAGCGUCAUAAGCUGAGAUGCACCCUGAUAAAAAGCACACCUGUUGCACCUAUUGAACCUGGCACAGCUGCAGAGACUUCUGGCAGCAGUCAUGGUGCCCUGAGCACUUCAGUUACCCUUGUGACAUCAUCAUCAGUCCCAUCAUCCUUGCACUCAGACAACCAGACAAAUGCUAGAACAGCACCACCAUCAAGUGAAGAUCCAUCCACAAAAGAGUCUACCCCUCCUCCUCUAACCCCAUCAGUAAAGCCCAACACACCUGGGCAUCGCUGUGAGUACUGCCCUGAGACCUUCAGCAACAAAGCAGUCCUCAACAUUCAUAUGCAGAUCCACAAAAGGAGGUUUGUGAGCCAUUUGUUCUGUAAGUUUUGUCGCAGGAAAUUCAUGCAUUUAAAACGUCUGCGCAACCACGAGCAGGUGUGCACCAAAGCCCAGAGACCUUCACCUGAGCAGGACAAUGACCACGCAGAAAUAGACUUCCCGACUGAAAGUAUUUCCCACAUGGAGGACAGUCCAUUCCCUGAAGACCAACCUCACAUGCUUGACACAAAUGCCCCCCUGGACCUCCCUGAAGUGCAGGGGGAGGUGGAGAGGGACCGAAGGAUAGCUGUGGGGCAGAGGAGGCUGUACCCAUGCAGCAUGUGUAAACGAGCAUAUGUGACUCUCUCCAGCCUAAGAAGGCAUGAAAAUGUGCACUCGUGGCAAAGGGCAUAUCCCUGUCAUUACUGCAACAAGGUGUUUGCCCUGGCAGAGUACCGCACCAAGCAUGAGAUCUGGCACACAGGGGAGCGCCGCUACCAGUGCAUCUUCUGCCUUGAGACCUUCAUGACCUACUACAUCCUCAAGAACCAUCAGAAGUCCUUCCACGGGAUUGACCCCCGGCUGGCAGUGAACAAAAAGUCUGCUUCAACAGUGAAUGGUGGCUUCAAGGGCAGCGUUUACCCCAUCAAGCUUUACAGACUACUCCCCAUGAAAUUUCGAAAGAGGCGGUACAAGACGUAUAGCCAAACCUUCCCAGAGGCAGCAGAAGGCAUUGACCAGAUGUUCCCUGCUCCUCUGAGCUGCAACUCCCCCUCAGCUACCUUCGAGGAGAACCUAGCAGCGGUAAAUACUGACGGGGUUUGUGGUGUGGGACAGCCUGUAUUUUCCAUGCCGGUGACCUUCAUGGCCACCCCAAAGGUAAUUGCCUCAGUGCCACCGCGCAUCAAUUUUGAUCAACCUUGUGAUCAGGGAGAAGCUCAGCCUAUGCCCUCUGAAGGAGAGGAGUGUGCAAGGGCAGUGAGGACAUCCAGGAACACACAGAUGCACUCCCCCCUGGGAGCAGCUGGGAAAAAAGGUCCAUCUGUGAUCAGCUAUGGCUCCCGACUUCCCUCAGUCACAAUGCAUUCUAACAGGGUAUCCUCUGUCAUCGUUCACGGAAACAACAUUGCAUCAACAGAAUUUAAUGACCCUGAUGGCCAGUCUUUGCCAUUCAGAGACCCUGACAGCCCGUUGGAAGCAGAAAACAGGUUGGGGGAUCUCUCCGCUGCUGCCCAGACAAUUGAAGCUUUAGCUAACCAGCUGUUUUUGCCUGGAGGUAACAGCAGCCAACUUGAGAAGUCUGAUGGAAAGAAAACGGAGACGUAUAUUGCCAAGCCUGCAUGUCCGGGCACAUCCAUUGACAGCCCGGUGCUGCCCCUCUGCCAGAUCACAGUGAAAAUUGGUGACGAGGCAAUCAUCCGCCGGAGGAUCAAAGGUUCCAAACUCUUCCCGAAGAAGAAGAGGAGGAGUCGCUGGAGCCAGGUGGUGGAGGAAGGCCGAAGUAACUUCACAGAGCCUUCUGACAAGAGCCCCAGCCUGCGUCUGAGGACGGAAAUCACUUCCAUCAUAGAGACAGAGCCGUAUGAUGAUGGGACUGACCGUGACACAGCUGACCAGCUGUGGCGUCCAUAUUACACAUACAAACCUAAAAAAAGGACAAAAAAACUGAGAUCAAAAGACAGGAAAAGCAACCGUGGCAGACCACUUGGGAGGCCCUUAAAGGAUGUCACAUGGGCACCUGCGACUAAGGAUGUCGCAAAGUAUGUGGAGCCGCCAUUAGAGCCAGUGGAGAUGAGGAAACAGCUCAGAAAAAGCACUCAGAAAAAAACAUAUACCUGUGAUAUCUGCAAGAGCCCCUUCUUCAGCCUGUCUACCCUACGAUCACAUGUGAUUGGCUGCCACCCCUACUUCUGCCGGACUUGUGGAAAACAGUGCCCCCCAGGGGAGGCUGCCAGCCCCCACUGCCCCUUUCCAGAAGAUGGUGGGGACUUUGUUUGCAAGAGCUGCAUGGAGAACGGUUCCUGCUUUGACAACUCUGCCAGAAGCCCAAACAUGGAGAAGCGCUACCGCUGCUCCUUCUGCCCCCAGCGGUUCCUCUACCUUGCCACCAAGAAGAGUCAUGAGAGGAAGCAUGUAGAGAAGCAUGGGAAAGGGUAUACCUGCUAUUACUGCCCCAUGGUCUGCAAAACCCCCAUUUCCCUGGGCGCCCACCAGAAAAGGCACUUAGUAAAGACAGAGGAGAUAGGGCGAGAGGAGGAGGGAGAAAGCAAAUUGUCAGCUCGGUUAAAACCAGAAAUGUGGGCGGGCCCGGAAAUCGAUGGCGCUGUGGCGCCUAAACUAGAGGACCAGAUGGAGAUAAAUAGCAAUGGACACUAUCAGGAAUUUAAAUAUCUCCGUACAAAAAUGAUCAAGUCACCUCCUCAAGACACCUCUUUGCCCAAGUUGCGACCAGAGCUGCCUCAGGACCAACCCCAGCACAGCUAAGAGGCAAUUCCAAAAUUCCAGCAAGAUGCUGUGGGCAGACAGACAUGCAACAGUAAGAGGAGCUUCAGGAAUUAACAGCCACUGCAGUUCGGGGCAGCAGUCUCCUUCCAACAGCAAGAGAUGCCACUUUCCAAAAUCCAACACAAAAGAGGAACCAUCAUUUCACUCCCUCUACUGAAACGAGUGGAAGGAACUUCAGGAGUAGAGCAGACAUGGUGGCAAUGCAAACAUGAUAUGAAUGUUCAAUAAGACAAUGGUCUUAUUUUCUUUACAGAAUGACCACAGAAGGCACCAAACUGAAUAGCUACAUAAAAUUAAAUAUUUUUAUUCACUCUGAAAAUGCAACUGGAACUUUUUCUUUUUUAAAGAGAUGGUGUUUUUAUUUUUAUAGGCUUUAUUGGUCAGUUUGGGACCAGUUCAUGUAUCACUCCCAGUUUUCUUCCCAUUUUGUAAUCUAUGCAGUACAACAUGUUAAUUGUGUAUUGAUAGUUGCACUUUGUGUGAAUAAUAGCUAAGUGACCAUAUUUUCACUUUAAGAACCUUCCAAAAACAUACAAUUUAUUUAUUUGUACAGAAACUUUACUUUUGUUUUUUUGUUGACAAGACAGCUUAGUUAUCAGUAUGAAUAAUUCUAAACAAUAUUGUAUUUGAAGGUUUGUAUAUUAAAUGAUUUUAUUAGUCACCAUUAUUAUAUUAGAUGUAUGGGAAUUGCAUAUAAUUACAGUCUACUGUAUAAACAAUUCCCGAGCACAUUGUCAACUAUAAAUAAUGAAUUGUCUGAAAGUAUGAAAAUAAACCUUUGGGAUACUUUG